CACAACUCAGCGGAUUCAGACGAGCUGUGCGUAAAGAGCACCUCUGCAUCUCAGGUUCAAUAUGCACUCCUUGAAUUACUGCGGGACUUCCAGCGGUGGUGGUGUGUAUCCCCUCCAUGGUGUUAACUCCAUGUUGUUCGACCUACACCACCAGAUGGCGGAGCAGUACCACGUUUACUCUGCAGCCAGCCCCACAGUGCACACCCUCUCUGUGGCUGAGAGACUGGCAGAGCUCAUUCUGGAGGCUCGAUAUGGCAACCAGCAGAAGCAGCGGCGCAGUCGAACCGCAUUCACAGUGUCGCAGCUGCAGGCCCUAGAGAAAGCUUUCCAGCAGACUCAGUACCCAGACGUCGGCAUGAGAGAGAGGCUGGCUGUCUGCAUCAACCUGCCUGAGGCUCGCAUUCAGGUGUGGUUCAAGAACAGGAGGGCAAAGUUUCGCAAAGGUCAGAGGUGCUCCCCCGUCUCCAGAGAUCACAAUCUGGAAGAGGCACCGCAUUGCAGUAAGGUGGGACAAGAGGAAGUCAGGACCGAAGACAAAAAGGACAUCACCACAUCACAUACUGACAGACACGUCCGUCCUCAUCUCUGCACUCCACCUCUUGUGGAUAAAACGAGGGAUGUUUUUGCACCUCUCGCUCCUUCAGACUCUGAUGUUUCACGGUGCCCCCUCCGACUUCACUCUCCUCCCCUUUUCCCCUUCAUGACAGGGGAGCGCUACAGCCGCCCGCCCCACCAGCCGGUUGUAGGAGUGCUGUCCACCGAGCUUGCCCUUCCCAUGGUGUUCUGGCCCAUGAUACAUCAGCACAGUUCCUCCCUGGAGGUUCAUCCAUCACCAGUUGCUAAAAACUGUGGCCUCUCCCUUCAGACUGCUUGUUCCAGUAAAGCUGUGCCUCACCCUCACCUGGGGCUGCAACUGUAG